AUUGUGUCUGUGCGUGAAGUCAGAGGGGAGAACACGGAUCGAACCGCAGAAGCCGUGAUUGUUUGUCCUGGACUGGUUUCAAAACAAAGCCGGGACAUGGAGGUCAGCGCCGAGGCCAAGAGGAUCAUGGUGGUGGCUCUGGGGAAACUGUACAGCUCCCGCACCCAGAGAGGAGGUCUCCGCCUGCACCGGAGCCUGCUGCUCACUCUGGUCAUGAAAUCCGCCCGGGACAUCUACCACGCGGCCCAGGCGGCGGCUGAACCGCGCAGGGAGCAACAACACCCCGCGGCGGAGAUGAUGACCACGGAGCCGACUGGAGCCCCGGAUCUCCAGGCUUCACCUCCCAGCAGGACUUUACCUGAGGAGAAGGUCAUCUGCGCCUCCACGGAGACGCGUAAAAGCGCAGAGAACAAGGAGAACCGGUGCCCGGCGGCGCAGCACACGAGGAAGCGGCGGGGCAAGACGGCCGCCGAGCCGGACUUCCUGCCGCGGAAGAAGGCAAAACUGGAGCCGGGAAGCUGCCCCCAGCAGCCCCUGGUGGUGAACUCCGUCCUGGUGGACUAUGUGAAGUGUGGCAGUGAACUGGGAAACGCCAUCCCCCUCCACAGAGCCAUCGCAGCGUGUUGAAAACAGCCGCACUCUGGAGGCGGUGAAGUUGUUCUCGACGCGGCCUGGAGGAGCCUGAAGGCGGCCACGGUGCGCCUGAUCCACGGCCUGGGCUUGGACACGCGCCCCGGCAAACAGAGUCCCAGAAGCCACAGACAAGCCUGAGAACAAGUCUGGACUGGUUCCACGGAAGCAGCCGAUGGUGCGUAACAGCCCCACUGACUUUUGGCCUAUUUCUGGCUACAGCUGGCCAAAGGUGGAACUGAACGGUCGAGCCUUUCUGAGCAUUUCAAGUCUGUUUAGGAGCUGCUUGGUUCCUCUACACUGCAAAUGUAACCUGAAAUGAGCGUGUUUCUGUGCGACAUGCUGACUGGACAUGGGAAAAGUGUAAACAUUCACUGACUACAACUACCUCAGUAUUUAUUAAAUGUUUUUCUACUAAAUCUGA